AUGGAUGAGGUAGAUCUCACCACGCCUCUCCUCCAGCUGAAUCCGCCAGUGCUGGUGCGCACCACCAGUGGCGAAGUUGGCGCAAUCGACCUGGUCGCGCUUCGGCGGACCACCACAGGGAUAGCAAGGACCACACCCGCAGUGACCAGCUCGCCACACCCACUAACUGCUGGCACCGCCGCACUGUCUUUGGCAGCGCGCAGGCUGCACGACGCCAAGCGCACGGCACAGAACGUGUACCGACAAACACGCGAUGCCACCGUGCCGACUAUGCCUGGGGUGUCGCUGGCGCCUCUAUCGCGAGCGCAGACCAUACACGACACUGGAAUGCGCAAGUGCUCCCUUGCUGGCACUGCACGUAGCAGAGAAGCAACCACGAACUCUGCCGCUGCAGCCUCGAUGGGCAACUCUGGACAUCGCCCAGCGGCAGACGUGCGACGCGAUGUUGGCUCCGCUCCACCAUCACCGACUGCGGGCUUGACCCCAAGCCGAGGAGCCGCUCCUCACGCAUUCAUGCAACCCGCAGCCACAGCGGCUGCGGCCUCCGCGGACAGUCAGAGAUUGUCGGUAAACAUGCCGUACCUCAUGCGGCACGUCCACGACACGGGGGCACUGCUUGACGUUCUCUUCCCCAUUCAGCACCAGUCCACCGCUGCCUCUCCCAGGUGUACUGGGUCUCCUAGUGGCGUGAGUAGCGACAGCAAAGCUGCUGAGGAGGAUGCUGUGCAGCUGGUCUCUGUUCAAACGGUCUCAGCAGCGCCUGCGUUUCGUGAGGAUGUCAUGGCGCUUCAUGGUGCACUGCGGAAGCGCCUCGAGGCUCGCCGGGCGCGGCCUACCGGCCUGUGCCUCAUUCGGCGAGAACUCUAUCGUGACCUCUUUUCAGAGCUGGUACGCCAGGUUACCGUCGAGGAACCAGCACGGGGUCUGUUGCUGGCCCGCGUACGAGAAGAAGCGGAGCGCGCCCUUCAGGUCCACGCAGCACUGCUGCGCGAAGGGGAACGGUUUGUCGCUGGCAAGCUGCUGCAGGACACGCAUGACGCGCUUGUCCUGGAAGAGCGCCUCGCCGCCCUGCAGCAAGAGAAGGUAGUCUUGGAGGUACGGAAACACGAGUUGCUGGAAGCCCGCAAGGCAGCGGUGCAAUGCUUCGAAGAGGAACGGCAGCUGCGGCAUGCGCAGCAGCAGGAUGAGCUGAAGUACUUGCGACACGCGAACCAGCAGCUGAGCCUGCGGCUGAAGAUGGAGACGGAGCGGGAGUCGACCGCAGGUGAGUUAGGGUAG